GCUCUUUUUCUCUUGUGUAGAUUCUGAUCUGAAGGUGUUUGUAAAUGUGGAUGUGGAAUAUUUCAUAGAUCCACACAUGAGCUCUGAUAAAAGUAACGAUCAAGAUGUUCAUGUGGGAUCUUUUUUCAUUGGCAAUUGCAAAUUUUCUGUUUACGAAGAGAUGUCCAAGCAAUUACAGAAGAUAGGCUGGAAACGUAUGAAAAAGUCACAACUCGCAACUUGCGACUUCAUUUUGGGUGAUCGCUUUACCAUUCCAUACCACCUUCUCCGUUGCGAAUUGCUUCCGCCCCAUUCAAUUUUCAACGGAACUCGCUGGAUCAACUACUUUCAAGGUUCUCACAAAAUUACUCUGAAAGCUUCUAUGACAGAGAUCCUUCGACAGGCUGAUUCUACACACACGGAGUGGCUGCCAAUAUCAUUUGUGUUGGGUGGAGACCCUGAGAAAGUAUGUGAUGAACGUGCACUAUUCGUGGAUAACGCAAUUAAUAACCCAUCUACUCUAUGGAUUAUUAAGCCAAGUAGUGGUGGCAAAGGUCAGGAUAUCCUUCUAGUCUCCGGCACCGAGGUAAUUAAAUUCGUUGAAACAUUGGAGUCUACUAGCAAGCGUCGGUAUGUUGCACAGAAGUAUGUGGAUAGUCCUUUACUGGUUUCACAUUAUCGCAAAUUCGAUAUAAGGGUCUGGGUUCUUCUGAUUAGUCCCAAUUAUACAAUAUAUGCUUUUUCUAAAGGUUGCUGCCGAACAGCGAGUAGUGCUUAUGAUCUGUCGGACGUUACUAACUUGAAGUCGCAUCUUACGAAUCAUUGUCUUCAGGAUGAACAUUUGAAUGACGGUGAAUAUGAAGAGAGCAAUGAGAUAUGUUUUGACAAGAUCGAAUCAUAUGCUAAGGAAAAAAUGGGUGUCGAAUCAUUACUAGGGUGCAUACUACCCCAAAUGACCAAUAUAAUUGUUCGUUCUCUUUUGACUGUGAAGGCGCAACUUGAAGUGCCCCCUAAUGACCCUUCUCGCUGUUUUCAACUCCUCGGAUACGAUUUUAUAGUUGAUACUAACUUUAGAGUUUGGCUACUAGAAAUUAAUGGAUCACCUGGAGUAGCGGUGCGAUAUCUUGAGGAAUUGGUGCAAAAAAUGCAAGAGGUGCUGAUCAGCUCUAAGCUGGCAGCAAGUCCUGACCCUUCUAUCUGGGAUGUCAACAAGACUGAAUUUGUUGAGCUUUGGUGUGAAGGUCACCCACUUCCACAGGGAUUGUUACUUUGA